AUGCCCGUCGCGGUCGCGCUGCCCUCCCCCGCGCCGUCGCCCACGCCCUCUCCCUCGCCAAUGCCUGGGCGAAGACACUCUAAUGGCGGUGGAGAUGACCGGUUCAUAGGCGACGUGAGCCGGGACUUUUGUAAUGCGUUUUGGGGCGCAGCAGACGCGGGGGUCAGUGUGCUUUUCGGGCGGCUAAGAGGGGCGAUACGAACGACAGAGGAACUGAGGCUGUUUUGGCAGCAGCGGGCAACGAUAGAAGAGGAAUAUGCUGGCAAGCUGACGCAGCUCGCGCAGAUGAGGGUUGGCAGGGACGAAAUCGGCGACCUGCGCAGCGCCUUGGACACAGUGCUGUUCGAAACCGCCCAGCAAGGGACACACCACCUUCACUUGGCCACACAGCUGCGCACCGCCGUGGGGCAGCCAACAACGGAUCUCCUUACCCGGCAGAUAACACAUCGGAAAGACCGGUUGACCCCGCUUGAGCAGCGCUUUACCGAUAAACAGGUCAAGGAGCGCGAACUGACUCAGGCAAAGGAAAAGUACGCCGACGAGGCGCUCAAGGUGGCGCAACUCCAGCAAAAGGAGCAGCCGCGCACCCUAGCAAGUGGACACCAGGACGCAGAUUUACGCAGAGCACAGCUGGCGGUGCACGUGGCCGAAAGGGAGGUGGCCAAUUUGACGGCGGCGAUGGCGGAGGCGGGCGAGUGGGGUCCGAGCUGGGAAGAUGAUUGGAAGGAGUUCUGCGACGCGAGCCAGGACAUGGAAGAAGAAAGGGUGGAGGCAACGCGGGAAGUGCUGGAGGAGUAUGCGGAGGCGAUCUCGGGGGUGUGUACCGUUGACGCCGAGUCGUCGGCCCGAAUACGUGCGACGCUCGAUCAGCUUAACGCAGUCCUGGAAGUCGCCACAUUUGUGCAGCAGUGCGCCACGGGGAACACACUGCCCGAUCUGCCUAUCCACAUUCCCCUUCACAAUCUGCGCGAUGGGUCGGUGUCACCACAACCGCUCCCUCCACGGACAGCGGAUUAUACGCGGACGAUAACGCGCUACCAGCACCCGUAUCCCUCUCCGCAGAGCCAGCAGGGAAGAAGGAAGAGGCCAAGGAGUGACACGAUUGUCCCGGCUCAGCCGGUCGUGCCGUUGACGCCACCACCCUUACCCAGCCCUCCGCUCGCUUCGCAAACUGACUCGUUAUCCGCCAUGCUCACUGGGGACGGUCUACAUUCCCGACCCACAACACCUACACCGUCAUUUUCGCCAUCAACGACUACCAGUACUGAUGCCUCGCCCCCCUUGACAUCCAGCCCGCCACGCGGCCUCCAGCCCAUCCUCAUCCGCCCGCUUCCACACGUCGCACUUGCCACGCCAGGUCCGGACGCUUCUUUCCCCUCCACCAUCACUGCGCCAGCAUCAUCCAUCCCAGUCCCGCCGUCACCACGCCCGCUGCCGCCGCCCACACCCAGCCUGCCCAGAAAAACGAGGUCCCCGCUGCCGCCACAAACGAGACGGAUAUCCGGGCCGCUGCCGCUGCCCCCGGUUCGGUCUGCUUCUGCACCGACGACGGGGCUAGGGACGUCGCCGACUCCGCCGAUAGGUGGCCCAGUUUCGGCGCCGCUGACUCCACUUCCGGCGGAUGAUACCGACGCCGAAACGCGCUCCGACGGCGAGCCCAUCCUAUUCUACGUCCAGGCGCACACCGCAUAUGCCGCCGCCACCCCGACCGAGCUUGACCUCGAGCCGGGGGACAUCGUCGCGGUCACGGCCACGCCCGCGGACGGCUGGUGGGCCGGUGCACUCCUGGACGAGAGAAGAAAGGAGGAGGGGAGGAGGCUGUUCCCGAGCGGGUGUGUGGAGCUGUUUUAG